UCCACCUCACAGUCUUGAGCUACAAGCAGAUCUUUUAGAAGGGAAUCCCAUCCCACAAUGUACUGACCUCAAACAGCUUGAGCUAAAAGGAAAGAACACUGAAGCCUCAGCAGCACUGCAGAAGAAACUAAAACCCACGAAGAUCUCAGAAAAACAUUCGGCUUGACUUGUAGGCACUGCUUAACAGUUCAACUUUGGGAAUGAUGAUACUGUGGAGUUUUAAAGCAAUUACAGGGAAGCAGCUUUUCUGGAGAGCUGUGUUUUUCUGGACAUUCUGUGCUUUGAGCCUGCUGGAAUAUCAAGUGGCAAGUGAUGAUUCCACCACAAAAGCAGGCGAGACCAUUACUAUUACUACAAAACCAACAACAACAGUCAACUCUAUCACAACUCCAGCAAUGACAAAAUCCCCCACUGUUUCUGCAGAUACCAGUGCAACACCUGAAGUAUCUUCAAAAAAUUCCAGUACAACUGAGGCAAACACCAGUAGCCCUUUAUAUACAAAGUCCACAUCAACUCCGAUUUCGACAGUGCAGUCAUCUACAACACAGGCAAAUGGAACAACUCAGCCUGACAGGAAUGGGACAAGUCAAUCUGUAAUUUCAAGUACAGGCCCAACUACUGCUUUUACUAAGAACACAACAGAUAAUUCCUCUGUUUCAUCUAUCACAUCCAAACCUGGGUAUAGCAGUGAUAUGACAGACAUCAAAUGCAUAAAUAUCAAGCAGAUGUCCACCAGGAAAGUUAUAUGCUUGGAGCUCAAUGAGACUUACUCAUGUGAUCAGUUUAAGAAUGGGAAAGGAGCACACUUAAAAAGGGCAGUUUGCAGAGAGAACCAAACUUCAUGCUACAUCACACUGGCGAAAUCCGAUGUGAAACAAAAUUGCAUAUUGUUGGUUACAGUUAAUGGGGAAGAUGGAGGUACGUACAGUAAGAUCCUUCAAGAAAAGAGGACCGCUUUGGACAAGGUAGGAAUAAAACCUCAUGAACAAGAAGACAUUAGGAGUCACCAGGACUUCUCCCGGAAGACAGUUAUUGCUGUGGUCACCGCUGGUCUGCUGCUAUCAUCUCUGGGAUUGGCUGGAUACUUCUUUAAGAAACGACAGAGCUGGAGCCCCAGGGGAGAGAGGCUGGGCGAAGAUCCAUAUUGCACCGAAAAUGAUAGUCAUAGCAACACUGUGAUUUCCGUGGCUUCUCAUGAACAGUCCAACCUGCAGGAUAAACCUAACCUCAAUGGAGGGGCUCAGGAAAAUGGCACUGGCCAGCCAGCCUCGAAAAAUGGACACUCAGCCAGGCCCCAUGUUGUUGCUGACACUGAACUGUGAAAUGUCUUGUGGGCAAAAGUCUUGCUAAUGUGGCUUGAAAGAGCAGAGUGGAAAGCUAGAGGAGUUAGGUUGCUAAGAGUAUCAUAAAUGGAAACAUUAUCCUUUUAUCUUUACAAUGAUCUCAUAAAAUCCCAUUCUAAAGCAUCCCUUUCCUAAGAGCUGGCACAGGUGCUACCUGUGUACAAGCUUUUGUUUCCUUAGCAAGCUGCUUCAGUGGGAUUUCAUAUCAGAUUGAGCAUGCCCUUAAUAUCUUUUUGCUCUUUCUGUUUCAGACCAAAAUGAGAUGUGACUGGCAACAACCAAUCCAGAGAAAGGAGAAGGAUGUUGUCUGAAAAUAUAGAGUAGAUCUAUCAUUGUUAGAAAAUCACCCAAACAGUUCCAGUGCUGCUUAAGAGAAAGGAGGACAUUUUAGCCAUAAAAGUUAGCAUAUGUUAAAGAACAAUGGGGCGUUCCACCACUUAAAUCAGUGUGAUUUUAAGUGUUGAUUCACAUUACCAGUUUUACAAAGUAAAGUCAACAGAAAUGAAUCAGUUUUGUGAAUACUCCAACACAUGGGCAUAAUAUGAUCUGGUUCAACCUGCAUUUUGAAUUUUUCAAGAUGUGGAGAAUUGACAUCUGGGUGCAUGCUGGGUUACCAUACUAAAAUAACUAAAAAAAUUAACCGCAUAAUUAAAAAAGAGAGAGUCAUGGGUGUCCGUCCUUAGGAAAUCCAGUACUUUUAUUGCUUUCAUUGGGCCAUGUUGGGUUUCACUAGUCAUUCCCACACCCUACUGAGAAAUCCUUCCUCUGUCUCUUUGCUUUUUAUGGCCCUCUGUAACCCAUGACAAGCCUUCAGAACUUGUGAUUCACUACACAGAAGAAACUCUUUAUUGGACUUGCUUCCCAGCAGAAAUGCAGGUGAUUCAGUCAAGGUGAUUCCACUAGAAAAAUAUUAAUUCAUGGACAGAGAGCUUUCCUAACUAACAUGCUCUAGCCCUGUAUAUCAGUUGUGCCUCCCUGCCCCCAAAUAAUAGAAUGUUGUUUCUCCACUUUGUGCUUAUUAUUUCCCCUGCUCCCUACAAUGUCCAAUACCAUCCUGGGCUUUGUUGACUAUGUAAAUUUUGUGUGUGGGAGGGCAGGGGGUUGUUGAUGUUGAAUACAAUGCAAAGAUGCAGCCAGGCUUUGAAAUGUAUUAUCUUUGUUUUGCCCAAUCAGUAUGAACAAAGUUCUGUUUUACAUUUAUAUCUAUGAACCAUCAUUAGGAAUAAUAUAGGAAGUUUUAGUAUGAAUUAGACUACUUUAUUUACUCUUGGACAAUGGCAGCACCAGAUAGAUGUGAGAUAAUGUAUCCAACAUCUAGUGACUGACUUUGGGUUGUGCAGCCCUCAGAGACAUAUUCCUGGAAACCAAAGAGCACUUUUGGAGGGAGGGGAGAGCAGCAAAAAUUGCUCCUCCUCCCCCUGCAUGAAAGCUCUGUUGCUUGACAAGCCUUCAGCUAAGGGCUUAGCUCCUGCUCUGCCUUCUAACACUGUGUUGGAUGUCAGCCACUGACUAAUUACUGUGAUCCGUAGACUGAAGUUCUGUACUUUUCAUUUGAUCAUGUGUAUAUAUGUGCUGAUUGCUUCAAGGCUAAUGUUUCCCCCCAUUGGUUGGUUCAUAUCUCCCUUGGGAUACUGGAGAGAGGAUCCACCAAAAACAGAGGACAAAAGAAUGUUUUAUACUACAGAGUAACCAGUCUUUUAUGAACAUAAAUUCUAUGUCUAAUAGUUAAUGCAAGAGGCAAAAAUAGAUAGGCAAACUUUAACGUCACUAUAUGUUAAUGCUGAAGAAACUGCUGCUGUUGAGUCAAAAGGAUGUAAAAUGAGCAAGAGCAUCCUACAGCCUUUCCAUCUAAGCAAAAGUACAACAAGAUGAGGAUGGUGGAAAGGCCUUAUCCUUAGAACAAUUGCAGCAUGUUACAGGCUUCUCAUUUUAAACUCUCAUUUCUUCAUAAUGGCAAGUGUCUACCAGGUAGCACUACAAUAGUUCAGUAUAUAAGAAUACUUAAAAGUGAAAGGAAACUGUUCUUUGCUCUUAGGGCACACGGAAAGGCUAUUUAGCUAGUUCUUCAAAAUCUGCAUUUCAUUGCCUUUGUGUAAUUACUCACAGAAAGAUAGCUUAAGGUAAUAGGGGGCUAAAUUUUUUAAGCCGGCAGAGAUGGCCUUUAAAAGAAGAUAUAUAGCUGUCCCAAAUUAUUAACAAUGUAAACAUAUUUGUCACAGCCAGGUCCUGUCCAAAUGCUGGUGUGGAAGAAGAAGUAGAAGCCCAUUUAAUAGAUUAAUAUAGGUACACUGAUACGUUUAGAUUUCAGACUAAAGGUUUACUUAUAUGGUACUGAGGAAUUAGACGGUCUCUGGAAACAUGCCUGAGCAAAUAAUUGUUGAAAUAUUAACUUUAAAAUAUAUAUAUUUCUUCAACACACAAAGUGGAACACACAAAUUACAAUAUCUUUUGUCACACAUCUAAUUUAAUUUCCUAAAUACUACAGUAUUAAGGAUGACAAAAUGCAGUUCACACUAGCGAACCUGUGAAAUCCAAUUCCCAAGACAGAUAGGUGUAACUGGCAGUUAUGCCACAGUACAAAAUCAGACCACACCUGCAAUCUAUGUAGAGAAAAUAAACAUUAGACUUCUUAAACAGGAACCACUGGAGGAAAUGAAAGCCACAUAAUACUGGAAUGCUGGUUAUUCUUGGACUCAAUGGUUGCCAAAAGAUUUUUUUCCCUCUUCAGUGUCCGCUAUCUCAAGAGGAUUGGUUGCUUAAAAACAACUAAGAUGUCCAUUAAACAAAGCCUGUCCUCUGCCUCCAGAGGAAAUGAAUGAGCAUUGCAAUGAGACAUUCACAAAGUUAUCUCAAUUGAUUUUGGUCUGGGCUCAAAUAAAAUAAGCAAAAAGA